GUGUCUUACUACAUGGAACAAUUGAAGGAUCCCCUGACAAGCGACAUUUGCAUUCCGGCAUGGGCCGCACAAUCGGUGCGGAGACAAGACCAGGCCUAUUUCGAAGAGAGGACCCACAUCUACACUGCGGCCCUGUGGUUCCAGACUGAUGCGGAUGCUGCCGGCGCCAUGGAUGUCAUGGACGAGGACGCGGAGAAGAAGGCGGAGGAGUCGCAAAAGAACCAGGAGCAGUUGGACGCAUGGUCGUGGUCUAAGCUCAAGAGCAUGCGGAUCAUUCUCGUGGAUAAGCAUAAGCUGCCAUCCACGAUGCCACGGAAUCACAUCCUCCUGGAUAUCAAGGUGCCAACACUGGCACCAAUGCGGGAUGUCCAGGCUCGGCUUGAUGACUGCCACGAGAAGCAAAAAGCGGUGGAGAAGACGAUCCGGGGUUGGAUCACACAGAGCGAAAAGGCCGCCGCAAAAGCUCUAGCAAAAAAGCAGAAAGCAGCCAAAAAAAAUGCCAAAAAGGGCCAGAAAGCCCAGGCUGCUGACACCGAGGCUACCCCGGAAGAGGAUGCAACAGACGCAGCCCAGGCCUCACAGGCCGUGGAGCUGCUGACAGCCUGGGGUAUGGCAAUCCCGGAGAAGCCCGCGGAUCAGGUCGCAGCGAUCAGGAACAUGUUGGAUCGCGAGGACAAGUUGGAGGACGCGACGUCUGCGGGGCGUUCCAACCGGGCCCGUCUCAUGCAGGCGGCUUUGGAGCAAGCCCAGAUGAAGUCAGGCUCAGCGGCAGCAUCGUCAAGUGCUUCAUCCUCGGAGGUGCUGUUCGGGCCCACGGCGGCUGUUGAACAUGCGACCACAGAGGGCAUAGUCAAACAAAAGGUCAAGAAGAGCAAGAUCGCCAAGUCCGACAUUGUCACGCAAGUGUUCCUGCUCGGCAAGCACAUCUUGAAGUGA